CAUAUGUCAAGAAUUCAAGGUUAAGGCCAAGAAAUUUCAAGAAUGUAAACAAAUGUAACCAAGAGCACCAGAGAAUUAUGUAGCGAUUCAAAAAUAAGGAUUCUCUGUAAAUAAACUCGAAUUAAAAAUGAGUUCAAAAGGAGCAAAAAUAGCAGAGCUAUUUACCAAAACAAUUUCUACUACGAAGUGUUUCGAUCACAACCUACGAAAGGUGAAGGUAGUAUGCUGUGAUAAUGGAAGGAUGGUGACAGAGUUCCAAGUGGGUCCGGAGCAUCUAAACCAGCGAGGAACUCUGCAUGGAGGCUUCAUAGCUCACUUGGUAGAUGCUAUAUCCACUUAUGCACUCACAGCUAAUGAUAAUGUUGAUACCAGAGGAGUCUCAAUUGAUCUUAGUAUCAGUUACAUGAAUGCAGCUAAGGAAGGCGAUAAUAUAGAAGUUGAAGCUGUUACCAGAAAACUUGGCAAAAAAGUUGCAUUUCUUGAAGUUGAAGUAAGGAAUAAAGAUAGAAAUAAAGUAAUUGCAACUGGCAGGCACACAAAAUAUGUUGGUGUCUAAAAUAGCAUCUGAAAAUUGCUAAUUAGUAUGUUUUAGUUUAAGUAGAUAAGUAGUUUAAUAUUUAGUGUAUUGUAGUGUAUAUGUACUUUGUAUUUAUUAGUAAAGUUUAUAUCUGUUAUUCAAAAUG